GACACUAUCAAUGCGUACAUCGUAAUUCUUUUUCUAUUACGAACACACACAAAAAUUUCAAAAAAAAAAAUAUUUUAAUAAAAAUUGCAACUAACUAAUCAUGUUUACCCGAACCCUUUCUCGUUCUACUUCAGUUUUAAAUACUCUUGUACGCAAACAAAAUCUCAUAAAUAGUAAAUUUGUUAACGUAAAUAGUAAACUAAAUGAUUUCAUCCCAACAUGUACCAGAACAUACAGUAAUUGUGGUUCACCAAAAGCAACCAUAUUGAUUGCAAAUGGAUUUGAAGAAAUUGAAGCUGCCGUAACAUUGGAAUUAUUACGACGUGCUAGUAUUGAUGUGACAUUAACCGGUCUCACUGAAGGAAUAAUAACUGGUUUAAAUAAACUAAAAGUUACACCCGAUCAAACUUUCGGUGAAUGUACAACUAAAAAUCCAAUUGAUGCCUUAAUUUUAACUGGAGGAAAUUGUGCAGUAGAAGCGAUGAAGAAAAAUGAAGACGUCAUUAAACUAAUCAAAAAACAAGAGGAAAGUUGUAAAAUUGUUGCUGCAAUUUGUACAGCACCAUUACUACUUAAACACGCUUGCGUAUUUCCGAAAAAAUGUUUAACGUCGCAUCCAAGUAUUAAAGAGGAAUUAGUCAAAGAUUUCACGUACAAAGAGGAAGAUGUUGUCAUUGAUGGAAAAUUAAUUACAUCACGUGGACCUGGCACAGCACAUUUGUUUGCAUUAACAAUGAUUGUUGAAUUAGUUGGUGCACAAAAAGCUAAGCAAGUUGCUGAAGCUUGCCUUUAUCCACAUUCAUAAUUAUACUUUAGAAUAUAGUUUAAUUUUUAUUUAAGUUGUCAUACAGUUCUCCUUCACCAAAUGUCCCAAAUAAAAUUCUUUUCGGUUUUUAUCAAUUAUAUACGCAUAGAAAUUCUCAUAUUGAUGGAAUUUGGCAGGGUGAAUUGUGGAACCCAAAUUUUUUUUAAAUCUUUACCACUUGGAUGUUUUGGUUGGCUUUUCCCAAUUUAAUUUUAGAUAUUUUCGAAUCUGAUAAA